UUGAGGGGGCUGAGGAGCCGUACAAGAUGGGCCAUCACUGCUGCAGCAAACAGAAAGUCAAGAGAGGGUUAUGGUCUCCUGAAGAAGAUGAGAAGCUCAUCAAACACAUAACCACCUUUGGCCAUGGUUCAUGGAGUUCAGUUCCAAAGCUUGCCGGCUUGGAGAGGUGUGGAAAGAGUUGCAGGUUAAGAUGGAUAAACUAUCUGAGACCAGAUCUGAAAAGGGGUUCAUUUUCUGCACAAGAGGAGAGGGUCAUCGUUGAUAUUCAUAGGAUUCUUGGCAACAGAUGGGCUCAGAUAGCAAAGCAUUUGCCCGGAAGAACAGACAAUGAGGUCAAGAACUUUUGGAACUCUUGCGUUAAGAAGAAGCUCAUUGCCCAAGGGUUAGAUCCCAACACUCACAAUCUCCUUCCUUCUCAUAAAGCUAACAACAAUGGAUGCAACUUGUCUCAUCCCAAACCCACUUCAGUUUUCUUUGUAAAUUCACCUGUGAAGGAUGCAGCUUCCUGCAUGGACAUGAACAUACCGUUCUCGACAUUACUUUCUCUUCUUCCAAAUGAUCCUAAUAUCUCCAGCUCUCAUUUCUCCCAUGAUGGUCCAAACAUACCAAUAUAUGAACAGAAAAACCCUAAUAUCUUCUGGACGACCGAAGAACAAAAUCCAAACACCAGCUUCAUGGAUUUCUCAAUGGUCAGGUUCCCAAUUUCCUCUCCUCCCUCACAUCCAUCUGGGUUCGGAAUUGUUGAAGAGGACUGCCUCUGGAGUAGUAGCCAGCUUCAACCUAUUGAGCUCGACAGACAGGAUGAUCAUCAUGAUGAAAUGUUGCAGCCAGAGCAGCAAGUCAAGAAGCCACAGCAAGAGAUCAUCAAGGCUAUUGAAGUGGAAAUUGAUCGAAAGGCUGAUAUAAUAUUGACUAGGGAGCAGAACAAUAUGGAUUCUUCAUUUGAGAGCUCUAACUUUGGUUUUGAUUUUGUGGAGUCCGCAGUAACGCCCAGUGAUAUGUAUUGUAACUCAUAUGAUCAUGGGGAUGAAUUUGCAUGGGAAUAUUGCUAGGUGACUUAGCAGCUCCUAGCUCUAAUUCCCUCCUAUUACCUAUAUAUGUAUA